AUGCUUUUUUCUGAUAGCCGGGCUGCCGCAAUCUACUGGGGUCCCCAGCGCAUCGCCAUCUAUAACGAAAGCGCAGCUCCUCUCCUUGGUAGCCUACACCCGAAACUGAUGGGGAAUGCUUUCAAGGAGACCAUGGAACAUCUCUGGGGAUUCUAUGGCCCUUUAUUUCACACCCUAGAGAACGGCCAGCAAGGUUUUUCCCAGAACGAACUCGAAAUACCGUUCCACCGAGACGGCUUCCUGGAAGAGACAUGGUGGGACGGGGGUCUGGUUUCGCUAAAGAAUGAUGCAGGCAAUCAUGGCGGAGUCUACUUCUCCUGGACUGAGGUAACCAGAGCCGUUCUGCAGAAUCGUAGAAUGGCUUUAUCAAAAAGGCUAGGGCUUUCCCCCUCUGCUACUAUCGAGUCAACAUGGCAGCAUAUCCACGAUGUCCUGGCCCAACACCCUCGUGAUAUUCCAAUGGCCAUUAUGUACGGUACAGACGAGCACGACCUGCAUAACGGGACACUCCGCCUGAGACACACGAUCGGCCUACCUCCAGAUCAUGCUGGCGCACCCAGUACCCUCGAUCCUUGCCCAAUAGUUUCUCUCUUCAGGCGCGCGCAGGAAUCUCCAACAGACUUUCUAAUGAUUGACCUAUCGAAAGAGCAAGUUGAUCCUACCAUCCUUGAAAACAUCGAUUGGCAAGGAUAUGGUGAACCAAGUCGGCAUCUUGUGAUAAUCCCUUUAGAGAUCAGCAAGAUAGUCCGUGGGUACAUCAUGCUGGGCCUCAACCCCCGACAGCCCUUUGAUUUGGACUACGAGCAGUCCAUGACUGAGCUCACACGCCAACUCAGAGAGCUGAUGGCAAGGAUCACGAUUCAGAAGGAUACACAGAAAAGAGAACUCGACUUGAAGGAGGAGCUCAGUCAUACAGAAAGACGCAUUAGCCGGCUGGCUGAGGUUGUGCCAGUAGGCAUCUAUGAGCUUGCCGCGGACGGCACCUUGCUCUGGGCCAAUACACAGUUCUGGGAGAUAUUUGAAUUGCCUUAUGACCAACGCGAUCCCGAAAAGUUUGAUUGGAAAGAAUACAUCCACCCAGAUGAUCAUCCUCGAGCUCUUGGCGAGAUGGGGAAAUGCUUAGUACAAGCAGUGGAAAUAUCGGACACCUUGCGGCUGAAGAAAUACUAUCAGCCGCCGCAGCUGGGCCAUGACUUGCCCUCGAGCGACGAACCUUUCUGGCUUAUGUACGCUGCAUCGCCAAAUCUCAAUCGCGACGGUACCGUGCAUUCGCUCAUGGGUUCCCUCACGGAUAUUUCGCAUCUCAAAUGGUCAGAGCAGUUACAUCUCCGGAAUGCCGAAGCGGCCCGCAAAGAGCGGCAGAGACAGGAAGAAUUCAUCGAUAUCACAUCGCACGAGAUGAGAAAUCCCCUUUCAGCCAUCACCCAAUGCGCAGACAGUGUGAUCAUGUCACUGCAGGACGCACAGAGCAAGAGCGACGUAGAUUCUUUAUUCGAGAUCAUCAAGCUCAAUGCUGAAGCUGCGGAGUCGAUCCUGUUUUGCGCAGCGCACCAACGACGCAUAAUCAACGACAUAUUGCUACUAGGCAAGCUCGAUUCGAAGCUGCUGACGAUAUCGCCCAAAGCCUUCCACCCGCAGGACCUUGUCAAUCAAGCUUUACAAAUGUUUUCGGCAGAAUGCGACGCGAACGAUAUCGAUAUUCGCACAGACACGGACAGCUCGCCAGCUAUGGACAGAUCUUCAACAGUGUGUGCCGAUCCGUCCCGACUGAUGCAGAUAAUGGUCAAUCUUCUUAGCAACGCAAUCAAGUUCUCAAGAUCACGGCCGAUACGACAAAUCACGAUUCGGUGUGGCUCCUCUGCAAGCCCUCCACCUGAACAUACGUUUGGGCCAAACUUUAAAUGGUAUUCCACUGGCACACGGCGACCAGACUUAACGCGCGAGUCAGAUUACGGGGAAGGGGAUAUUCUCUAUCUGCAUUACGCAAUUAUCGAUAGUGGAAAAGGCAUUAAACCAGAGUUCGUUAGUAAUGUCUUCACGAAGUUCAACCAAGCCGAGAGGCGGACCCAUACCGAAUAUGGCGGCUCUGGCCUCGGCUUGUACAUCUCACAAGAACUCACCGAAAUGCAAGGCGGACGCAUUGGCAUCGAAUCAGAAUUCGAAGUCGGUAGUACGUUCGCAUUUUACACUAAGGUACGGUUGUCACUCAGCGAGUCGGCCACACCGAUCGACUCUACGGGCCACAUGUAUUCUGUCGCCAAAACAAAUCACGCUCUCAAGUCCCUCGGAUCAACUGGGAUGGGCAACGGCCUUCAGGCGCCUCCCCAUUCGCCAUCUGUGACUUACAAAAUCCUUCUUGUCGAGGACAACCUCCUCAAUCAGAAGGUUCUCGCAAAGCAACUCCGCAAAGUAGGCUGCGUGGUGCGCACUUGCAACCACGGUGGUGAAGCGGUCGAUUCGAUCCUACGCUUGUACAAUCGGCCACCGGAAUUCGGCACUCCGGCACCGGACGACAAUAUCACACGUUUUGACUGCAUUCUGAUGGACUGGGAAAUGCCCGUGUGCGAUGGCAUCAGAGCGUCGAAGAAGAUACGAGCUAUCGAGGCGGAAGGAGAAAAAAAGAGAAACGUAAUUAUUGGUGUCACAGCGAAUGCCCGUACAGAGCAGAUAGCCAUGGCUGAAAAGGCAGGGAUGGAUUCGGUUAUAACAAAGCCAUUUCGGGUGGCGGAGUUACUGGCGAAGCUUGGGAAGUAUGUUGCGGUGCCUGGUGGUACUAAUGAUGAAUAA